AUGAAGAACAUCUUUCUGUUCAGAUCUACACAGGAUCAGCGGUCAUCUGUAACGAUUACGUUCAACUACCAGAAAGGAGAGCUGUCUCUCGAUAGCUUUGCGAGCGCGGCUAGUCAUUCGACCAUGGCCCCUCUGCGACCCACCGAUGCUGACGCCAGGAAUGCAUCUUCCGAUACCCCCGAAAAGGAUUUACCAUCAGCGGGUACCAGAGAGUCCGGCAGUCUCAUGGUAAUAGCAGUACUGCGGGCGAAGCGACGCGCUGUGUUCGCCCAGGUGGUCCUGGUGGCCGUGGUCGAGAACAGCCGCGCCUUCUCGCGCCCCUAG